GCUCGCUCUUAGAUGACAGUUUUUACCUGGUCCCUGUACAACGGAAAACGAAGUUAUGUCAUUGGAUUGCAUUUCAACUAACAAUUUCAACGACUAGUCAUACCCAUUAUUAAUUAGUUUAUACAUACAGGUUACAUAGAGUUAGAUAUAUAUCACAAACAUAACGGAUCAUGCAUUCAUGAGAUGAUCAGGGAAUAUGAGAUAGACAAUUAGCUAGAAAGUAGCUAGUUAUGAAUGCCAGGCUUGUUUUCGCUUCUGUUGUAAGUUUCAGUUGUUUUGUAAUAAAUAAGAAUGCGGCACAGGGCUCCCAGUCUUUCUCCAUAGACUACAAGAAUAACCGCUUCCUGAAGGAUGGGGCGUCAUUCCAGUAUGUCUCCGGCAGUAUCCACUACUCUCGCAUCCCACGGUUCUACUGGAAAGACCGCCUGCUUAAGAUGUACAUGACUGGACUCAACGCCAUUCAGAUCUAUGUACCCUGGAACUUUCAUGAAACACUGGAGGGUGUGUACAACUUCUCAGGUGAUCGAGACCUGGAGCACUUCCUCGACUUGGCCAAUCAGACAGGACUGCUGGUCAUACUGCGGCCGGGACCCUAUAUCUGCGCAGAAUGGGAGAUGGGUGGUUUACCUGCUUGGCUGCUUCAGAAACCCAAUAUUGUCCUGCGAUCCGCACAUACAGAAUACCUGCAGGCGGUGAGUAACUGGAUGGCCACACUCCUGCCCAAGAUCAAGCCCUGGCUGUACGUAAAUGGAGGAAACAUCAUCAGUGUUCAGGUGGAGAAUGAGUAUGGGAGCUACUUUGCCUGCGACUACAACUACCUGCGGCACUUACGGGAGCUCUUCCGUUACUUCCUGGGCGAGGACGUGAUUCUCUUUACUACCGACGGGAACACGGACCGGGAAAUGAUCUGUGGAACACUGGAGGGUCUUUACGCCACCAUUGACUUUGGGACAGACACGAACAUCAGUGCAGCCUUCCAGCGCCAACGGAGGUUUGAACCAAAAGGUCCCCUGGUAAACUCGGAGUUCUACACGGGCUGGCUGGACCACUGGGGUGAUCGGCACGCUGAGGUGGAUGGUCAGAAGAUCAGCAGCAUGCUAGGGGAUAUGCUGGCCAUGGGAGCCAGCGUCAACAUGUACAUGUUUGAAGGAGGAACAAACUUUGGUUACUGGAAUGGAGCUGAUCAUGACACAAGGUUUCGAUCUGUGGUGACCAGUUACGACUACGACGCCCCUCUGUCAGAGGCUGGAGACCCCACAGAUAAGUUGCUGGCCAUCAGAGAAGUGAUAAGGAGGUUCUUCCCGGUUCCUGAAGGCCCCAUGCCCCCCAGCACCCCCAAGUUCGCCUAUGGUUUUGUCACUCUGAAGAAGGUGGGAAACAUCAGCAGCCUGCUAGACACCCUGUGCCCCACAGGCCCUGUCCAAUCACAGCUCCCCCUGACCUUUGAGGACAUGAAGCAGUAUUACGGGUACAUGCUCUAUCGGACCAAACUGCCGAGGACUCUCCCAGAGGCCACACCACUCAUCUCUCCUCUCAACGGCAUCCACGACCGCGCAUACAUCUCUGUCAACGGGGUGUACAGGGGCCUGCUGCAGAGAGACACCACUCUGGUGAUGAAUCUAACAGGACAGCAGGGGGACCAGCUGGACAUUCUGGUCGAGAACAUGGGGAGGGUCAACUUUGGCAGCAAGAUCCACGACCACAAGGGCCUGUUGGGUGACCUCAUUCUGGGCAAGGACGUCCUGACUGAUUGGCUGAUCUACCCUCUGGACAUUGAUGGGGUCAUAGCCAACGGGUGGCCGCAGUGGGAGCAGGCCGGUGGCACCGGAUUCGAAAGUUCGAAUGGACCCACGUUCUACACGGGAACCCUGGAGCCCACUGGCAUUGCCUGGGACACCUUUCUGAAGCUCCGUGGAUGGACCAAGGGACAGGUGUGGAUUAACGGGGUGAACCUGGGCAGGUACUGGCCACAGAGGGGCCCCCAGCAGACUCUCUACGUUCCAGGGCCCCUGCUUAGCACCUCGCAACCCAACAACAUCACGGUGCUGGAGCUGGAGCAAGCUGCGUCCGACCUCAGGGUUCUGUUCAUGGACCGGGCCCAGCUGAACAGCACUGCAGAUAAAGCGUGACACUACAGCCCUGCCACUCUG